CUCCUUCGUCUCCUCCCCGCGCGCACGGUCCAACAACCAGCAGGGAACAGCCUCCGUCAAUCCGCCGCGCGCCUCCGUCUCGCUGUAGCCGUGUCAACUGCCGGCCGGCCGACAGCGCUGCUCCCGACCAGCUGCCCAGCGGAAACAUGAUCGUCUGCGUCGCCGUCGUCGGCCACCAGAACAACCCGCUGUACCUCCAGAGCUUCACGGAGGCGGACGACGCCCUCAAGCUCCACCACGUCGUCCACUGCUCCCUCGACGUCAUCGACGAGCGAGUGAACAAUCCUAAAAGGAGCGCACCUACACUGAACGAGACAUUUUUGGGUCUUCUAUAUCCUACCGAGAACUACAAAGUGUAUGGCUAUUUGACAAACACAAAGGUCAAAUUUUUAAUGGUUACAACUGAUCUUGAUGUGAAAGAUGCGGAUGCCCGAAAUUUUUUCAGGAAGUUCCAUGCUGCAUACGUGGAUGCCGUCUCGAACCCUUUCCACGUCCCUGGGAAGAAGAUCGCGUCGAGAAGCUUCGGCGCGAGAGUGAGCACCAUAGUGAAAUCCUUUGGCUCAGGGACUGUCGGUUAAAACCAACCGUCCUGUGCUUUUCCCCAUAACCGGCAACCUAUCUAUACCUCCAGUAUGUAUCUCAGUUGUAUGUUGAACAAGAAAUAGUUUGAUGCUCAAGGAAGAAUAUAAUGGCUGUUAUUGAUUGUACUAA